AUGCUGCUGCCGCUGCUGCGGAGGAGCUGCUUCCCUUCUUCGUCUCCCGGCGGCGGCGGCGGCGCGGAGCGGGCGGAGGGCGCGCGGGGGCCCGGGGCGCGCGGACGGCGUCCCGAGCGCGAGCCGUAUGCGUGCAUGGAUCCGAGCGCCGCGCUGCACCGGCGGCCCGCGGGCGGCGGCCUGGGUGCGGUCUCCCCGGCGCUGUCGGGCGGCCAGGCCCGCCGAAGGAAGCAGCCCCCCAGGCCGGCCGACUUCAAGCUUCAGGUCAUCAUCAUCGGCUCCCGCGGCGUGGGCAAGACCAGCCUGAUGGAGCGCUUCACCGACGACACGUUCUGCGAGGCCUGCAAGUCCACCGUGGGUGUUGACUUUAAAAUCAAGACCGUAGAACUAAGAGGGAAGAAAAUCAGAUUACAGAUCUGGGACACCGCAGGGCAGGAGAGAUUUAACAGCAUUACCUCAGCCUACUACAGAAGUGCCAAGGGGAUCAUCCUGGUGUAUGACAUCACCAAGAAAGAGACCUUUGACGAUUUGCCAAAAUGGAUGAAGAUGAUUGAUAAGUAUGCUUCAGAAGACGCUGAGCUUCUCCUGGUCGGAAAUAAGCUGGACUGUGAAACAGACAGAGAAAUCUCCAGGCAGCAAGGGGAGAAGUUUGCACAGCAGAUAACUGGGAUGCGGUUCUGUGAAGCCAGCGCCAAGGACAAUUUCAAUGUGGACGAGAUAUUUUUGAAACUCGUUGAUGACAUUCUGAAAAAGAUGCCUCUUGAUAUCUUGAGAAAUGAGCUAUCCAAUAGCAUCCUGUCUCUCCAGCCCGAGCCUGAGAUCCCACCAGAGCUGCCUCCACCCAGACCACAUGUCCGAUGCUGUUGAUCAGAGUGCAAGCCGUUCCUAGAAGGGGGAGAGCAUUCUGUUCUGCACUACAAUCAUGUGACAGUUUCCUUCCGCACUUUGUAACCCAAGUCAGCUAUACACUAACUUGUAAAUAUGCAAAUAUGCAAUCCUGGGUAAGGGCGGGCUCUAAGUUACACACUUCCCUUCAGAUUAUGUCCUCAUUACCCCAGUGCUAGUGUGCGUACGCUGGGAGACGUGGUACUUCCAACAUGAAGAGU